GAUUCCUGCCGCGGAAGUAGAUGGCGUCUAUGGUAAUCCUUGCUACUGUGUACAGUUCAGCUUUCCAAAAGGUUUGGGAUACCUGACCAUUAUGACAUCAAGAAACCUCUGGUAUAUGAGAAGUAACUUUUUCUUUGGUUCAAGAUGUUGGAUGAUUCGCUAUUCAGCAGAAAUCCUCAAAUCAGUUUCAUUUAGGCUUUUUGGUGUGACAUGUAAUAAUGGAGACAAUGAGCCUUUGGAGAAUGAGGACCUAUUGAACAACUUACUUACUAUGGGAGUUGAUAUUGACAUGGCAAAGAAACGACAGCCUGGAGUUUUUAAUAGAAUGGUUACGAAUGAGCAGGACCUAAAGAUGUUCCUUUUGUCCAAAGGAGCUAGCAAAGAAGUGAUUGCUAGCAUCAUAUCAAGAUAUCCACGAGCUAUAACACGCACUUCUGAAAGUCUUUCAAAACGGUGGGAUCUGUGGAGAAAGAUUAUGACAUCAGACCUUGAAAUUGUAAAUAUUUUGGAACGUUCUCCUGAAUCCUUUUUUCGGUCCAAUAACAAUAUAAAUUUAGAAAAUAAUAUAAAGUUCCUCUACUCAGUUGGAUUGUCCCAGAAAUGCCUGUGUCGAUUAUUAGCCAAUGCCCCUCGCACCUUUUCCAAUAGUCUUGAUUUGAAUAAACAGAUGAUUGAAGUUUUGCAGGAAGUCUGUUUGUUCUUGGGUCACAAUAAUCCCACAGAUUUUGUCAGGAAGAUAAUUUCUAAAAAUCCUUUCAUCUUAAUUCAGAGCACCAAACGGGUGAAAGCUAACAUUGAAUUUUUACAGUCAACUUUCAACUUGAACAAGGAAGAACUGCUGCAACUGCUAUGUGGUCCAGGAGCUGGAAUUCUAGACCUUUCUACAGAAUGUGCCAAAAGAAAUUAUACAAAUAUCAAAGAGAAGCUGUUUUCUCUUGGAUGUACUGAAGAAGAGGUACAGAAAUUUGUCUUAAGCUACCCGGAUAUGAUGUUCUUGGCAGAUAAAAAGUUUAAUGAUAAAAUAGACUGCCUCAUAGAAGAAAAAAUUAGUAUUUUACAAAUAAUUGAAAGUCCUCGGGUUCUGGAUUCAAGCAUAAGUACUUUAAAAAGUCGAAUCAAAGAAUUGGUACAUGCUGGCUAUAACUUGAAUGUCUCUAACAUUGCUCUUCUAUCUUGGAGUCAAAAAAGAUUUGAAGCUAAACUGGAAAAAAUUAAACGGCUAGAACAGUGCCUGGGGAGUUAAAAAAAAAAAAAAAAAAGUCUUGGGGCUGGGGUCAUG